UCACUUUCAACUUGGAGAUCCCACCUAAGGCUUUUCUUCAUAUGCAGUGGGCUUCACUAAACCCUUAAGCUCCAACCCUUGAAACUAUCAGGUUACACUGAGCAGUUUUAAUGCUGCCCAGGUUUUUCUUGUUGUUAAUGAUGGAGAACAGAGUAGACGCAGCAUUUAACUUCUCUCUCCAACCAUUCUGCUGCAGAACCGCCCAACAGUAGACAUGGACUUUCCAAAGCAUACCAUUCUGCAGGCCUUCUGUGUAAUGCUCCUGGCAUGGAUGCUGGUGCGCUGCCAGACCCCUGUCGAACCUGAGCAGGAAGAGGAUGAAGAGGUAGUGAUGGAAGCUGACAAUGCAACUUUGGCAACAUCCGAGUGUCCAUCUGAAUGCAGCUGUACGGCAGACGGAGCAGUGGACUGCGCUGGAGUUGACCUUACAGAGUUCCCAGAAGAGCUGCCCAAUAAAAUUCGCCGUCUCUCUCUACAGAACAACAAAAUCAAGGAAAUAACAGUGGAGCACAUUUCCCAUCUGCAUCAGCUUGAGACUCUCAACCUCCAAAAUAACUGGCUGACCACAGAAGGUCUUGAAGAUGAAGGUUUUGAGAUGCUUGAUCAGCUGGCCUAUUUAUACCUGGCAAACAACAAGCUCACCUUUGCACCCAAAGUUCUGCCGCCAUCUUUAGUCAGUGCUGAUUUUGCUGCCAAUCAGAUCUCCAGGAUCUACCCGUACACAUUUGGUCAUAAACCAAAUCUGAGGUCUGUGUAUCUCCAUAACAACAAGCUGACGGACGAAGGACUUCCUGAUCACAUGUUCAAUGCCUCCGACACCUUGGAGAUCCUCACCAUAUCCAGCAACCUUCUGAGGGUUGUUCCCAACAAUCUGCCACCCAGUCUUCUCCGCCUUCAUUUGAAGAGUAACAAGCUGGAAGAAAUACCACCAGGAGCUUUAGGGGAUUUACGAAACCUUAGAGAACUUUAUCUGCAGAACAACCUCCUCACCAAUGCUGGGAUAGAUAACGAGACUUUCAGUCAGCUGAGUAGCCUUGAGUAUCUCGAUUUGUCUAAUAACAACCUGAGCGUCGUACCUAAGGGUUUGCCUCGCAACCUAUUGCUGCUGCACCUGGAGAAGAACGCCAUCCACAGCAUCCCUGGAGAUACUCUGGUCUCCGUGCGAAACCUUGAAUACCUGCUCCUCCACAACAACAAGCUGCGCUCCCGCUCUAUUCACCCUAUGGCCUUCCAGGGCUUAAAGAAGCUUCACACUCUACAUUUGUACAAUAAUUUGCUGGAACGAGUUCCCAGGGGCUUACCCCGACGAGCCAAGACACUCAUGCUACUCCACAACUUUAUCUCUGAAAUUGGCCGCAACGACCUGUCCUUUCUCUACACCCUGACGGAGCUUAAUCUCAGCUAUAACAAACUGACCAACUCUAAGAUUCACCGUGACGCCUUCAGGAAGUUACGUAUACUGGAAACUCUGGACCUGUCCGGGAAUGCUCUUCAUGCAGUGCCCCUGGGUCUUCCUCCAAGUCUACAGAUUCUAGAAAUCAAGAACAAUCGGAUCAGUUUGAUACCAGAAGGCGCCCUGACAGGAAUGCAGAAGCUGAAAAAGUUGAUUCUGAGUGACAAUCAGCUGAAACUUAACUCAGCCUACCAAGGAGCCUGGAUGGAGCUCAGUGCACUCACAACAUUGGACCUUUCUGGUAACCAGCUAACUCAUAUUCCAUCUGACCUUCCUGAGUCCCUGGAGUACCUUUAUCUGCAAAGCAACCGCAUCUCCAGCGUUCCUGCUUCAGCUUUUGAAGGGACGCCAAACAUUAAAGGCAUCUUUCUUAGGUUCAACCGGCUGUCUGUGGACUCCAUAGAUGAGAGCUCUUUCUCACACCUCGUCAACUUGCAAGUGCUGGACUUCGGGACAGGAAACCCUGAGCUGUCCUUCAAAAAGGAGGAGGAGGAAGGUGGCGAGGAGAUUGAGCAGGACAACUAAAAUGGCUGCAUGUUGCAGAGGACAGAGCAGGCUUUCAGAAGGGACAGAACCUUUUUUAUAUCUCCAUCCUAACGUCAUUCUGAGAUGCACAGCCACAUAAUUCUGGUGCAGGACACCAGAUUAAAAUCCACUUUAUGGAGCAGGUGGUAUUAGAAAUGUUUUAAGCAGAACUUUAUUAUUUGGGCUUGAUUGUUCAAAUGCGGUCUGUGUUUUUGUUCUUUUAAAAGAAAAUUAUACAUUUCUGAAACAUAAUGUGUAUUUUCCAACAACAGUAAUCUAUGUCUAAAUCUAAAAACUUUGGUGGUUUUAGAUCAAAUUUAGCAGUGGAGUUCUAAGGUUGGGCCAGUGCUUUCAUAGCGACACAGAACGAAAGAAUAACACAAAAAUCAGAGGAAUGGCACAUCGUUUGAGAUAUUGAGUGAACCAAAGCGCCACUUGCAGCUCGGAAUACCUUAAAUAUAGCCGAUGGAACCUGUGAUUAUAUCUCUCUACGACUGAAGCUAAAAGUACAGCUUAAUUUUGACAUCUUCAGUAAAAUAAAACUGUAAAAUUAAAAACUGGUCUAAGGGACCUAACCUAUGC